AUGAAAUAAGAAGGCUCAUGUGAUGUCUACAAAUACCUACCUGAGAUAUUGGUAAUAGCAUGUGAACGUAACUGCUUGCGAUCCUUUAUUUCCCUUGUAUCCUUAUAAUAGAGCAUAGUACAUUCGGUAAAGUAUCUUGAUCCUUGAUCCUUGAUUGGAUGAUAUAUGUAUAUAUACUUGGGUACAUCUGGAUUGAAGCUUUAGGUUGCCCCACUUCUAGGAAAAAGAGUCUCCACUUUAACUUUUCUAUAUCGAUAAAAUAAUUGAUACGCUUUCUUUUGCGAAAGAUCCAAAUUUUCUUAUAACACACCAAGACAGCUAAAUCAACCUUGAAAUCACCUUAGAAUGGGCAAGCGAAAGCGGACAGACGGUGCUUCUAACGGAGCACCAGCUCAAGAAUCAAAUUCUACAAAGAAAACAAAACGCACCGAACCAUCUACAAGCCCAAGCAGUUCUUUUCCAUUAACUGUUCAGGUCGUUACAGGGUCCUACGAUAGAAUUCUUCACGGAUUGACUGCUACUAUCUCCACCGACGACCAGGUCGAAUUUGCUGAUACCUUUCUAUUUAAUGCGCACAAUUCUGCAAUACGAUGUCUAGCGCUAUCCCCUCCGUCAGCGCCAGAGCCCGGCAAGCUACAGAAGGUCAUGCUAGCUUCAGGUAGCAGCGACGAACGGAUCAAUGUCUACAACAUCUCAGCGCACCCACCUAACCGCAAGAACCAAGAUGUCCUCUCGUCCGUCGCACCUCGAAAGAUCCUCGAGAACCCAAAAAACCGAGAAAUAGGCACGCUUUUACACCAUUCAUCUACGAUCACAAAGUUAUCCUUUCCUACCAAGUCCAAGCUCAUUUCUGCAUCCGAAGACUCCACCAUAGCCGUUACCAGGACAAGGGAUUGGUCCGUACUAUCGACUAUCAAAGCCCCCAUACCGAAACCUCAAGGUCGACCUAGUGGUGAUACAGCAGCAUUAGGUGCCACGCCCGCCGGUGUUAACGAUUUCGCCGUCCACCCAAGCAUGAAGCUCAUGAUAAGCGUGAGUAGGGGUGAACGAUGUAUGCGGUUAUGGAACUUAAUGACGGCUAAGAAAGCCGGAGUACUCAAUUUCAAUCGAGAUAUGCUUCAAGAGGUGGGAGAAGGAAAACAUUCACUAGGCGAGGGCAGGGAGGUGGUUUGGGGAAGCACUGAGGACGGCGACGAAUUCUGCGUUGGAUUCGACAGAGACGCAUUGGUAUUCGGUAUGGACAGCACUCCAAAGUGCAGGGUCAUGCCAGAACCGAGAAAAAAGAUACAUAAGCUCUGCUACACUGUAAUAGACGCGACUAACGACUCGUCUUUAUUGGCUGUGUCGACGGAGGACGGAAGGAUUCUAUUCUUCUCUACGAAAAGCGAAGAUCUCGCCCAUGGCAAACCUACUUCGGAAGGGAAGGGGAAGAGUUCGCUACCAUUAGCUAAGUUUAUUGCACAGCUAGGUGGAAAAGACGUCGGUGUCUCGGGGCGGAUUAAAGACUUUACCGCAGUAAGGGUCGAGGGGAAAGAUGGAAAAGACAGCUUCGUUAUAGCAGCCGGCAGUAGUGAUGGCAAGCUCCGUGUAUUCAAGGUCACCGUCGCCGAAUUCGAGGAUGCGAGAAAAUUAAAAAAGGUCCAGACCAUCGGCAAAUUGCUCGGUACCUACGAGACACAAAACCGGAUUACCUGUGUGGAGGCAUUUGCAAUGAUACCCCGACCGGAAGGUGUGGAGGAGAGCGAGGAUGAAUUCGAAGAUGAUUCGGAGGAAGAGGAAAAUGAAGACGAGAAAGAUGAGGAUUAAUAGAUGAUAUCAAUUGCGAGGAAUAAUCCAAUAUUUCAUAUCCUACCAUAUUCUAGGCGCCGAGAGACCGCAUAUCAAAAAGGAUCAAGAACAUUAAGAUUAUCACGACAAUAU